AGAAAUUAGAAAUUCCCUCCAAGUUUGUCAUAUAGGGUUUGUCCGGGGUUUUGCUAUUCGCAUUCAGCAUCACAGCAUGGCAUCGUCAUCCUCAAGCAACAGCGCAAACUACGACGUACCGUGGGUUGAGAAGUACCGACCCAGCAAGGUCGUCGACAUCGUCGGCAAUGAAGACGCCGUCUCCCGGCUCCAAGUCAUCGCUCGUGACGGCAACAUGCCCAACCUCAUUUUAUCAGGUCCUCCUGGAACUGGAAAAACCACUAGCAUCCUCGCACUUGCGCACGAGCUUCUCGGUCCCAAUUACAGAGAAGCUGUUCUUGAACUAAAUGCUUCAGAUGAUAGAGGAAUAGAUGUUGUGAGGAACAAGAUCAAGAUGUUUGCUCAAAAGAAAGUAACACUUCCUCCAGGCCGACACAAAGUUGUUAUACUCGAUGAAGCUGACAGUAUGACAUCUGGAGCACAGCAAGCUUUAAGAAGGACGAUGGAGAUAUAUUCUAAUUCUACUCGUUUCGCGCUUGCUUGCAAUACAUCGUCUAAGAUUAUUGAGCCGAUUCAGAGUAGGUGUGCAAUUGUGAGAUUUUCGCGACUAUCUGAUCAAGAGAUACUUGGUCGUCUCAUGGUUGUGGUUCAAGCUGAGAAGGUUCAUGAUGGUUCUGUUGUAUGAUACAACAUUGGCAAGCCCUGUAAUUGAUGCCCUACUCAACUGUUGCAGGUGGUAUGCUUCAA